CCCGCAUGGUGGAAGGUUCACGAUGAGUGUACCGGCUUUUAUCGAUAUUGCCGAGGCUGACCAGACAACUGAGCUUAGACAGUAUUUGAAGUCAUUUGGAGCUGAAAUUUCUGAAGAAAAUUCUGAUGGUGGUUUGUUGAAUGAUCUGCGCCAAAUUAUAGAAGCAUGUGAAGUGUGCUUAAAAGAGGCAAAUAAUGAAGCAGAGUUGGAGAGUGUCCUAAACAGUAUCAUGUCACUGAUCUUAUUAAUCCCAGUAGACAAAUCAGAAGGACUUGUUCUGGCACUUUGUGAAAAAUUGGUCAAAUAUCCAGCUGGGGACAAACAUGCAGGAGCAAGGAUACGAGUACUGUCCAAUUUAUUCCAUGGUCUUGGUGAGAGGUCUAACUACAGGUAUCAUGUAUAUACCAGCAUGAUCAAACUGGCCACUGCCUGUGAUCUGCUGAGUGCUAUACCUACUGAUUUGGACCAGAUCAAAGAAUGGGUGGCCCAAUGGGACAUUCCCACACAGAAAGUCCAGAACAUUCUCAGACUCCUCUAUGAGGCAUUUGUAGCAGCAAAACAGAGUGAACAAGCCACAAAGACUAUGAUAGAACUGCUGGGGACGUAUACAAAAGAAAAUGCAUCUCAGGCCAGGGAUGAUGCUCAGAAGUGCAUAGUAACCUGUCUAGCAGACCCUGGUACAUAUUUGUUGGAUCAUUUUUUGACACUCAAGCCAGUUAAAUUCCUGGAAGGGGAACCUAUUCACAAUCUUUUGACCAUAUUUGUAUCAGGCAAACUAUCACAUUACCUCGACUUCUACCAGAAACACAAGGAUUUUGUGAAUUCACUUGGUUUAUCACAUGAAGAAAAUCUACUCAAGAUGAGAAUUCUGACAUUCAUGCAGAUGGCAGAGGGAAAGAAAGAGAUUGAUCUUGAUACUAUCCAGCAAGAGAUGCAGAUUGGGGAGGAGGAGGUUGAGCCUUUCAUUAUAGAUGUUGUACGAACCAAGGCUGUCCGCGUCAAGAUUGACCAAAUCCAAAGAAAAGUUUUGAUCAGCACAACAACCCAUCGUACAUUUGGCAAACAGCAAUGGCAACAGCUGAGAGAAGAGCUUGAGUACUGGCAGAGCAGCAUCAGCCGUGUUCGAAACAGUUUGCAUUCACUGAGCACAUUAGCUUCACAGCAGGCCCAGCAGCCAUCUCAACAGGCUUAGUAAAACUUUGGGAAAUUUCUGACAUUUCUUUAGCGUGUUCAUAGUACAUGAAAGAAUAUUGGGUAGAGAAUAUCUAUUUAUUGAUGGAAGGGUUAGAAAAAUGAAAGUCGUUUGUCAUAUCUUGGGAAGAACAGCUUGCCUCUUACGUGCUUCCUUGAGACGGUUGUACUGUGAGAAUUGAUUGGAUUUUUACUAUAACUAUAUGUAAUACAGUUGCUACAGACUACAUACUUGUGUAGCCAGGCAGGUAAAUAUUACCAUGGAUUCAAGAUAUGAAAUUGAAAGAAAGAACAUUGUCAUAUUUAUCAAACCAUGCAAGGAACUUAAAUGAUUUUGGUAAAUAAAUAAGAUUACACAUAUGA